AUGCUCAGAAAGCCUAUCCAGCGCCCGGGAGAGCCCCCCGUGGCCACAGCCACCUCUGGCGGGUUCGGCAUCGUCUCCAAGCCCUUCAAGGUGCCCAAGUCUUCAGCCCCGACCCGGGAAUCGGCUCUGCCGUCCCGCAAGCGAAAGGCCGUCAAUUACAAGGAUCAAGGAGGUGCUGACGACGACGGGGACGGGGACGCAGACGGAAAGGCGAACAAGAAGAGCAAGUUUGAAGGCAAGUUUGCCAUGGGCAACAAGGAAUAUGGCUCCGAUGGUGUGCUCGGCAAUAUGGCCAAGUGGUGCAACCGCAAGUUUCCAGUAUUCGAGCCGAAAGAAAAGACUGUCGCCUUUACCAAAACCUUCUCGAUCCCCGUCAUGUACAACCCCAAGACGUCUGAACCUAUCGUCCACACCCUCUCCCGCGCCUCUCUUGGUACCCGCAGACACCCAACUCUUGUUCCCCGCCCAUUGCACGACCCCAUGGCAGACCUUGCCAUUGUGCUUUUCGAUCCUACGAUCGAUGACAAACCUGCGCCUGAAGAAAUCGAAGCCGCAAAGGCAGAGGAAGAGAAGAGGAAGAAGGAAGACGAGACGAGAGGACCCCAUAGGAGUCUGAAAAUGAUUUUGGGGAUCGUAGACGAGAAAAAGGACAAGAAGGCGGUCAAGGUGCCAGUGGUCAUUGACCCCAGGUUGGCCAAAGUCUUGCGACCACAUCAGAUCGAGGGCGUCAAGUUUCUCUAUCGGUGUACCACUGGUCUCAUUGCAGAUGGGGCGUGGGGAUGUAUCAUGGCCGAUGAAAUGGGUCUCGGUAAAACACUUCAGUGCAUUGCUCUCCUCUGGACCUUGCUCAAGCAGUCCCCCAUCGCUGGCAAGGGUACCUGUGAAAAGGUCAUCAUCGCCUGCCCGACCUCUCUCGUCGGUAACUGGGCUGCCGAGCUCGUCAAGUGGCUGGGACCCGGCGCCAUCAACCCCAUGGUUGUCGACGGCAAAGGUGGAAAAGCCGAGCUCAUUCCUGCUGUCAGGCGAUGGGUGCAGGCGCAUGGGCGGAACGUGACACUACCGGUGAUGAUUGUUUCAUACGAGACGUUGAGAACGCUGCAAGAAGAGCUGGCAAAUUGCGAGAUCGGCCUUUUGUUGGCUGAUGAGGGGCACAGGCUGAAGAAUGCUGAUACCCUCACUUUCCAAGCCCUGACCCGUCUCAAGGUCCAGCGCCGAGUCAUCUUGACCGGAACUCCCAUCCAAAAUGACCUUUCCGAGUACUUUGCUCUCCUCAAUUUCGCCAAUCCCGAAUACUUGGGCUCCAAGCUGGACUUUAAGAAGAACUUUGAAUCCAAGAUUAUGCGUGGAAGAGACGCGGAUGCGACCGACAAGGACAAGCUGGAAAGCGAUGCUACGUUAAAAAAGCUGGGUGGGUUGGUCAGCAAGUUUAUCAUCCGUCGAACAAACGAUCUAUUGUCCAAGUACUUGCCCGUCAAGUACGAACAUGUCGUCUUUUGUCGCCCCUCUCCUCUCCAAUCAUCCCUCUACAACCUCUUUGUCACAUCCAAAGACGUCCAGCGCCUCCUCCGCGGCAAAGACUCCCAACCACUCAAAGCUAUCGGCCUCCUCCGGAAGCUCGUCAAUCACCCCGACUUGCUCCACCUCCCCGAAGAUUUGCCCGGCAGUGAGAAGCUGUUGCCCGAGGGGUGGAACAGCAAGGGGCGAGACAGGUCGGUCAAUUGUGAAUACUCGGGCAAAUUUGUGGUGCUUGAGAGAAUGCUGGAACAUAUCCACAAGCAUACCAACGACAAGAUUGUCCUCAUUUCCAACGCCACCCAGACCUUGGAUCUGAUGGAGAAGCUUUGUCGAAGCAAACGAUAUGGUCACCUGCGGCUGGAUGGCAGCAUGUCUGUGCCAAAGAGGUCCAAGAUCGUUGCUCAGUUCAACGAUCCGGAAGGCAAAGAGUUUGUCUUCUUGCUCAGUUCUAAAGCUGGUGGAUGUGGUAUCAAUUUGAUUGGUGCCAACAGGCUUGUUCUGUUCGACCCUGACUGGAAUCCGGCAAGUGACCAGCAAGCUUUGGCUCGAGUGUGGCGAGAUGGGCAGAAGAAGGAAUGUUUCGUCUACCGUUUCCAAACCACGGGCACCAUUGAAGAAAAGAUCUUUCAAAGACAAUGUCAAAAACAAAAUUUGUCUGCCUGCGUCGUUGAUGAAGCCGAAGAUACGGCCCGUCAUUUCACGCAAGACGAUCUCCGUCAAUUGUUCAAAUUCAACCCAGAUACAGUGUGCGAUACGCACGACACGUACAAGUGCAAGAGGUGUAAGGAUGGCAAACAAUAUGUCAAGGCACCGGCUUUGCUUUAUGGUGAUGCUAGCACGUGGAAUCAUUUCCCGAACGUGGAGCUGGGCAAGAUGCAUGACGACCUUUUGCGAGCAGAGUUGGGCCUGCCAGAAGUGUCGUACGUCUUCCAGUACGUUUCGCACUAG